AUGGCAGACCUCGACAACCAAGACCGGAGCUACAGCAUCAAGUUGAAUUGGGACGAGCAGUAUGCUCAAUAUACUGCGGAAAUCACCGGAACGCAUGAAGAUGUUAGGAACAUCACCGAACAGCUAGCAUGGAUGGCAGCCACAUUUCGCAACUCAAACGAUUCGACAAACGCCACUUCCAAGGUCUAUUUCAGCUGGACCAAGAAAGGGAGUAGGAUAAGGGCCGAAAUAAAGCCUCUACCUCUUGACUCAUCCCCGGAGACAAAUCCUGAGAAGCUCGUCGACUCAACAGACUCCCCCCAAUACAUUUUUGAAUACGAGGAUGUUUCUGUAUAUAUUCAGCCCAAGAAGGAAAACCAAGAGGAUUGA